GACUCUCUUCAUUUCUCAUUCUAAAAUUUAGACAGUUAGAGAGAGAAAUAAAAAUACUGAAAAAUAAUUUAAACAAUAAAAAAGAGCUUCACGCACUCAUCAAUGGCGCUUCGGAGACUCUUCACAAAGCGUCUAUUGGACGGUUUCAAAACGAUAGUGUCACCGGCAGCAUUCGACCGCGCGAUCUCGCCACCUCCUCAUCCAUCGACCUUCCUACCAUCGCCGCCGGAACCCGCAGCUGGCAACACAGGAUUUUUCCGGCGAUUCCUCUUAAAGCGAGCAGUGUAUCACUCCGCUCCGACAAGGUUCCCCGAGUUUCUCUCUAUUCCCGUUGGGGAGAAGUUGAGAGAGAAGCUCAGAAGUAUCAACAACGUCACUAUCUCCAGAGAUCGUCUUCGCAUGGCUCCUCUGUCACCGUCACCAGAAUCACCGGUCACCAGCGACUCUAUUCUUGAAAGUGGAAUUUCAGCGGAGGAAGUGAGGAAGGUUCUGAAGGCUACAAUGGCGGAGAAGGUGAAGGCGAAGUUGAGUGAAGUUCCGGCUGCCUCGAUUUCGUACGGUGAGUUCCUGCGGAUCUGCGUGGAAGCCUGCGAGAAUCGCAAUCUCGGAGAAGAGUUUGCAAAGAUUCUCGAUAACGCCGGAAACGUCAUCGUUUUUGGUAACGUCGUCUUUCUCCGACCGGAACAGGUAGCAAAAGCAAUGGAGAGCUUAAUCUAUCAAUCAAUAGCCAAACCAAAUGACCCAAGAAGGAAGGAGUUAGAUGAGAUGGAGAAGAAAAAGGCACUAAUAGAUGAAAAGGCCAAAGCCCAGGUGAAAACCGAGCUUUAUUUUGGGCUGGGCUUUUUAACCCUGCAAACCCUGGGCUUCAUGAGGCUCACAUUUUGGGAGCUAACUUGGGAUGUGAUGGAACCCAUAUGCUUCUUUGUUACUUCCAUACACUUUGCCUUGGCAUACAUUUUCUUCAUAAGGACCUCAACAGAACCCACAUUCCAAGGCUAUUUCCAUAGGAGAUUCAAGGUCAAGCAAGAACGCCUCAUGAAGGCAAACAACUUUGACAUCAAUAAGUACAAUGAGCUAUGCAAAGCAUGCUACCAGAAUCCAAGUGUUCAUGCAGAUGGGGCACUUUCUGGAGCCAUUCACCGUUGAUGAAGAAUCAUGUCUUGACAAGUGUUUUUUAAGUGUUGUGGUCGAGAACAAAUUAGUAUAUAUUAAUAAUAUGAUGCAAUAGAAGACUCAACUUUUAAAUUUGAAGCAACAUAAUUAGAGUGGAUAUCUUUUGAUCAA